UGUUGUUGAGAGAUACUGGCUGGUGGUCGAUGCUGCACAUUUCACUCCCCACGAAUUUGAUGGAAACAAUCUUAGAACCGUUUGUAGGUUUGUAGGUACAAUCCCGUGUGAGUUGAGUGAUGAUUUCGUGAUCGGUGGCAGCGUGCAGAAUUCUGUGUUGAGAAGUACUAGAGAGUGUUGAAAUUAGGCCUACAAGACGAAUACAGAGAAUUUACGUAAGUGCAUUGGAUGACUUAUCUUCAUUCCAAAAAGUUAUUUUGAAGUCACAGUUAGAAAAAAAAAGGUGACAGAACUUUUCAGUGGUUUUCUAGUGACUGCCAAUUAGCUUUGGCCAAAACUGUGGCACUGAAGCAUUAGCGUAAAGAAUCUACGGAAAGUGAAGAAGCAGACGUAUUUAUUCAGCAACUGCAUGCGUUGAUAUUCUAUUUUAACGUUCCCACAGGUCAGUUAGGUAAUAGGUUGACGGCCAUAAACAGCAAAAAGUUCGUGAGACGAGAAAUGUUAUAAAAAAAACGAGUGAAUUACUUUACGAAACGGAAAACAACAACUUAAUUACUGAAGUGACAACAACAACAACGAACACUUCGCGAAGUGUCUUACGAACUUAACGAUGUUGAUGUGACGAAACACGAUUCGAAACCAUCUAAAAAAAAUAAUUUUAAAAUAAAAAGUUCGCAUCGAUUCGAUCGUCCUCAUAAAAGGGGAGAGAAGACCGACCCCUCCAUCGGACUUCACGUCUCAAAAUGAAGCCUUUCAAGGAUUUACUGGUGAGAAGUUUACUGCUCUGGGCGUCCUUGGGCGUCCUACGGCCCUCGGGAGCCGUCCCGAAAUCCGAAUUCUUCAGAUUCGGCGAAAGAGCCGGGGACAACAAGCUCUUGAAUAAGGACGACUUCUCGACGACGGAGAUCAGACUCCAGGUUCCUCUCAUAUUCUACGGCCAGAUCUACGAGUCUUUGUUUGUGAACAUCAACGGUUUCGUUUCCUUCCUGACAGAAAUUCCAAACUUCUUCAAUGUGCAAUUUCCUCUGGAAUAUCCGAUAAUCGCGCCUUUUUAUUCCGACGUCGAUAUCACAAGGGCGGGGAAUAUCUGGUACAGAGAAACCUCUGAUCCUCGGACGGUCACGAGGGCGAAGAACGAAUUAAAAAAGUACUUUGGAGUGGCAGAAGGCUUCAACCCAGAGGGCAUCUUCAUCGUGACCUGGGACGGAGUUGGGGCAUUCAGCCAACGAGCAGACAGGCUAAACACAUACCAGCUGAUUCUUGCCACAGAUGGCAAGGAAUCCUACGCCAUAUUCAAAUAUGCUGACGGCGGUAUCCAGUGGCUGCAGAGUGAUGGCAAGGACCCCAACAUGGCAGACGCGAGAGGCCAGGCAGGUCUCAUAUCAGGGGAUGGACGACACCUCACCCUGAAGGGAUCUGGUACAGACCAAGUUAGAAGUCUAGACAAAUGGAGCAACACUGGCGUUCCAGGACUGUGGGUCUACCGCAUAGGCCAGAUCGCUCUAGAUGAAAACGUACAGGAACCCGACCUGGUCAGUGAGGAUAAGGCGGAAGAAAGCUGCGCUUCUUCAGGGUCAGUCUGCCAUUCCAACGCGAUCUGCAAAGACUACGAUCGUGGUUUCUGCUGUUCUUGCCAGGAUGGUUACUUCGGCAAUGGCAUCAACUGCCUAAAGAAAGAGGAGCCUCUGAGAGUCACAGGCAAAGUCAGCGGAACUGUGAACGGCAUGGAGCUGAAGGACGCUGACCUCCAUUCCUACGUGCUGACCGUAGAAGGGAGGACUUACACCGCCAUCUCCCGUAUGCCGUCCCAAAUCGGGUACGACAUCCAGAGCAUCACGGUCUUCGGCACCGGAAUCGCCUGGCUGUUCGCCAAAGCCGUCGGCGACGUCCCAAACGGAUUUGCCCUGACGGGAGCCAUGUUCACUCGCACUGCGGAAGUCGACUUUCCUCAGACGGGCCAUCACUUAUUCGUACACCAGAGAUUCAAGGGACUAGACGUGUUCAACAGCGUGCAAGUGAACACCGAAAUCACUGGUUCCGUUCCAACCGUCCCACUGGGUUCCAAAAUAGAAAUGGACGCUUUCAAUGAAGAGUACACUAGAGUUAAACCAGGUCAGAUCAGGGCCAGGUCAAGUCGAGUUUUUCGCCUCCAGGGACAAACAAUCGACACGCCCUUCACAGUCGAAACUACCAUCGACUUCGACGAGUGUCGCUGGAGACCCAAAUCCAACGAUCUGAACACUGUCAGACUCAAGGUUGCCGAGAAUAUCUUCAUUCAGUACGACGCUCCAGAGCAGAUCGUCCGUUAUGCUCUUUCUGCCAAGGUUGCCCCACUCGAAGAGACUGACCCAUGUGUAGAAGGUCGACAGGAAUGCGGCCAGAACAGCCAGUGUGUUGUUGAUGGCGACACUUUCAGAUGCGUGUGUGAACGUGGCUAUGAGGAAGUGUAUGAUGCGACGUUGAACGAAGCAAUUUGUCUGGACAUCAAUGAGUGUGACACCGGUCGAGACAAUUGUCACCUGGAUGCCAUUUGCGUCAAUUCUCCUGGGAGCUUUGCCUGCACCUGCAGACAUGGAUUCACUGGGGAUGGGUUCACCUGUACAAGAGAAGCGAGCUGUGAAGGAGUUCCUUGCGAUCCAAAUGCUGUUUGCGACCUUAGGGGAACAGUACCGCGGUGUACCUGUCGCCCUGGCUUCACCGGAGACGGUUUCUUCUGCUCCAAGGACCAAGGAGGACCUUCCGUGGAUGAACAGAGAGACUGCAUAGAUAACAAUAUCUGCAGCCCGUACGCAGACUGCCUCUACGAUGAUGCUGUACGUGGAUUCCGCUGUGCCUGUUUCCCAGGCUACAGUGGAGAUGGAGAAACCUGUACGCCAGAUGGUCAAAGAGAGAGUUGUGGCACUGCGAGGAACUGCUCGCCAUACGGAGUCUGCUCGAAGAAGAACACUGGGUACGUCUGCGAGUGUCUCCCCGGAUUCACCGGAGACGGUUACACUUGUGACGUGUCCUCCUCGGUGACGCUACCGCCUCUGCAGCCUCCUUAUCAACCCGAAGACCCUUAUCCCCCUUAUCAUCACACUCCAGAUGAUUCGAGGCUACCCUACGAAACUCCUCAAGAGCCGUAUCCCCAGGAUCCUUACCAACAACCUGGUCACCGUCGACCCCGGCCACCUUAUCAGCAGCCCGAUGACACUUAUGAUACUUACCAAAGGCCAGAAGAGAUACCAGAGUAUCCUUUGCCUGAGGAACAACAGCCUGGCGAAGGGCAAGGCUCAGAUAGUGGGUGGUCAGAACCCCAGUGCCUCUUUGGAGCUUGUUGGUGUCCAGGCACACUCCAGUACAACAUUAUCCACAAUCGCUGUGAGCCUUCCAGCUCCCAGAGAUCUGAAGUAGGAGAAAUAGAAGCACGCCCUCUGCCAUCCUGCUUCGCUGGGAAAUGUAUCUGUACCCUGGGGUACGCCUAUGACAACCUGCGCCACGAAUGCCGAGCGGACCACACGCCUGGUUAUGACUACAGCAUCAAAGGAGGAGGGCAUAGAGUCAGGGCCUCUUGCAACGAAAUAAACACCUGUCACCCGAAUGCCCAGUGCGUGUACCAACCCUCCUCCAAGUCUUAUUCCUGCGUGUGUGACGUUGGAUACGAAGGUGAUGGUCACUCUUGCAGCAGCAAAAUAGAUAUCUCAUGCGACAAGGUCAACAUAUGCCACUUCAAUGCCCAGUGUGUGUAUGAUGACGCUGCCCUACAGCAUGUAUGCGUUUGUCAACAGGGGUACCAAGGGGACGGAUUAGUCUGCACCCCACAGGACGAAUGCAGCAGCAUCCAGGACUGUGACGUGAAUGCCCAGUGCCUCUACGAGAGCGUCAGCAGGCGGUACAAGUGCCAGUGCAACUCUGGAUUCGAAGGAGACGGUCGAACUUGCACUCCUGAGAGAGCUGCCAGCUGCAACAUCGUCAACAACUGUCACAACUUCGCCGACUGCAUCUACGACACUUAUGCCCUGAGGUACCGCUGCCAAUGCCGAGCUGGUUACGAAGGCGACGGUACCUUCUGUAAUCCUACUCAGGUUGGUUGCAACGUCGUGCACAACUGUGGAGACAAUGCUGAAUGCGCCUAUGACCUAACAGCUUCUGGAUAUCGUUGCAAGUGCCGAGAGGGCUUCAGCGGGGACGGGUUCUUCUGUCGUUCGUCCAGAUCCUGCAGAGAGGAUCCUUCGGUGUGCCAUCCUCAGGCAUCCUGUCAACCAGACGCCCUGUCAUCCUUCGGAGUGGCCUGCAAAUGUCUGGAUGGCUUCACCGGCGACGGUUAUACGUGUCAGGAGGCUCCGGAUCAUGAGAAAUACCUUCUGCUGAUCAACCAAGGACUCUCGGUUCUCCGGAUGCCCUCGGAUCCUAGAAGUGGCGCAGGAUUCCCUAUUCAUGUGGAGCCCUUCAUGACGGCUGUGGGCGCAGACGUUGAUUGUCUUGCUGGAAGAUAUUACUGGACUGACGUGAGGUCUUCGUCCAUUCGAUCUUCAAAAUACGACGGCCGGGAGAGAAAGCCAGUUAUAUCUGGAGGAAAUAUCGGGUCGCCUGAGGACGUAGCCGUUGACUGGGUGUCCGGGAAUGUUUACUGGACAGACUCCGAAAACGAUGUAGUGGCCGUUGCUUCCAUCAAGAAGGGGAAAAUCCGAACAGUUGUCAAAGGAGAUUUGGUCAACCCUCGCGGCAUUGCUGUCCAUCCAGGUCGUGGACUCCUGUUCUGGAGCGACUGGAACAGAGAGGGGGCGAAGAUCGAGGUCUCGGGUCUGGACGGCUCCCACAGGCGAAAGCUGGUUGAGAAGGACAUCAUGCUCCCGAACUCCCUCGUGAUCGAUUACGACCUCGAGAACUUGUGCUGGGCGGAUGCAGGAACUCACAAGAUCGAAUGCGUUAAUCUGGACGGCAAUGAACGGAGAGUGGUCAUGACGGAGGCCAGGUAUCCAUUCGGCCUCACGAUAUUGGGUCAGGACUUCUACUACACCGACUGGAACGACACCAAAAUCCACACAGUCGACCGGUAUUCUGGAUUCGAAUCGGGUGCACGAGAUCCUCCUCUGGGUGGGUCUGGAAAGCUUUAUGGAAUCGCAGCUGUUCCUCCAAGCUGUCCACCAGUGGCAAACGUCUGUGGGGCCGACGGAGGGAACUGCCCGGAGUCCCACCUCUGCCUCCCGAACGGGCGCGGAGGUCGAACUUGCGCUUGUACCGACGACGCCCUCGAGAAUAAGGAGGAGGGCCCUUGCAACGACUACAACUACUAAGGGCUUCGACUUCGUCGUCUUCGUCGAGGGAGGAGGAGGAGGAGGAGCGGGGGGAGGAGGAGAGGGGAAAAGGAGGAGGUGUUGAGUGGAUGAGGCAGCUGUCGAUGCUGGAAUACCCGGUUGAAGACGUCGGUGUUUUCCUAGGCCUAGGGAGUUGUUCUUGUUGUCACGGGACGCUAUUACGUAAAAAUAUCAAGACACUGUUUUACCCAGGGUUUGGAUAGGUAAUACGAAAUGACUGUUUAAGUAUGUUAAGGUUUAUUAUAUAUGUGACGUUGUCGGUCUCAUUCUGCAUUAUUAUUUUUUUCUAUGACUUUUUUUUUUAUGGUUUUCCUAAAGGGUUUGUUGACUAAGGGAACUAUACGAUUUUGUAAAAUGGGAGAGAAAAAAAGUAAACGUUUAACCUAUUUCAUCUAGAAAAUAUAUAAUUCUGCAUUAUUUUUUUCACUUUUUAUUUUUUUAGGUUUUCCAAAAGGGUUUGUUGACUAUGGAAGAUAUACGAUUUUGUAAAAAGGGGGAAAAAACAAACAUGUAACCUAUUUCAUCUGGAAAAUAUCUAUUAAUGGAGGUUAACACUGAUAAAAUAAUCUUGUUAUUCUCUCUAAGGAAAAAUAUUCGAUUUUGUAAAUUUGGGGAAAAAUAAACAUACAACCUAUUUCAUCUUAAAAAUAUCUAGUAAUAGAGGCUAAGACUGGUAAAAUAAUCUAUCUAGUAAUAGAGGUUAACACUGAUAAAAUAAUUUUUUUAUUGUCUCUAUGGAAAGUAUUCGAUUUUAUAAAAUGGGGGGAAAAGGGAAACAAUUGACCUAUUUCAGCUUAAAGAUGUCGAGUCAUCAAGGCUCAUAUUCAUAAAUUAAUCUUGAUAGAAUUAAGUGAUUUUAAUCGAUUAUUAGAAUAAUCCGUUGAUUUCGUCAACCAGGAGAGAUGUUAACUCAUUCACGGACUGCAAGAAGCAAUUCUGUUUCCAACUAUUUACCAUGAACAGCACGUUGAGACGAAACAAUAUGAUAUAAACCGUUUUAGAAAAUAAUUUUCAUUAAUGAACUUGUUCGUGUUCGUGUGUUUCUGGGGGAUUUCAAACUAUAACACAAGAGAGAUCAUGAUAUUCUAUUCAUCCAUUGAUUCUGUAUCCAACUAUUUACCAUAAACAGCACGUUGAGACGCAACAUCAUAAUAUAAACCGUCUUUGAAAUUUAUUUUCAUUAAUGAAGUUGUUCGUGUUCGUGUGUUUCUGGGGGAAUUCAAACUAUAACACAAAAGAGACCACGAUAUUCUCUUCACUCAGUACUGCAUUCACUUUGUUUAUGAACGUGAAACUCCUAGCACAACAGGGCAAAGAUUUUUGACAGCUGUUCAAGGUUUCCAUCCCGUCAGAUGGGAGUUGCUUUUAUGACAGUAACUGGACAGAGAGAGAUCCGGAAUGAGAAAGAAUACUAUCUUCUAGAAAAAAGUAAAGAAGAUCACUGCCAUUCUGUGUUCAUUACACAGCAUUUAUUCUUGGUGACUCUGAACGCAUUCUUCUCUAAUUCAUAUAGUGAAGUAGCUAGUUUUUAUUUUAUUUUUUAUUUUUUUGAAAUCCGUAGAAAUAUUAAGUAAAUAUUAAGACAAUGAAUGGGCAAUGCUUCGUGUUUUUGUCAUUAAAGAAACAAGUGUAGCUAUCUGUCAUAUCAAUAAGUGCUGUGUCUUACAUAUACCGUAAUUAUAACCCAUAUUUUGACUAUAAGUUUGGUUAGCUGUAUUUUGAUAUAAUUCUUUAUUAUGUUUGCACAAUGGAAGUUUUUUUUAUAUAUAUAGUUUGUAUAGAGCGUUCCAAAACACUUACAGAAUGUAUAUUAACAAACAAACAAAAAUGAAGUUACCUUCGCUUGAUUGUCUUUUUUUUUAAUUUUAUUUCAUGGGGAAGUGAAGCAGCAUUGCUGAAGUUUAGUGUCUAGAACUUAGAAAUAGGAGUGGUUAGUUAUAAGGUAGAGAGAAAUUCAUCGCAGCCAUGUUAUAUUUGUGAAAAUAAAGAUAAUUAAAUUG